UGCAGGGAGCGUCUAUAAAUUGCGAUGCAGCGCUAAGGUCGCUCACGUGGAGGUGUCGGACGGCGCUUGGAAGAACCGCACGCAGGUUUCAGCCUCUUUUCAUAGUGAAGAUGUCCAUCACUAAGAUUCAUGCUCGUGAGAUCCUGGACUCCAGAGGAAACCCUACUGUGGAAGUGGAUCUCUAUACAGCCAAAGGGCUCUUCAGGGCUGCAGUUCCCAGCGGCGCCUCCACAGGUGUGCAUGAGGCCCUUGAGCUGAGAGAUGGGGACAAGGCUCGCUUCCUGGGCAAAGGGACGCUGAAGGCUAUGGAACACGUCAACAAGGACAUCGCUCCCAAGCUCAUCGAGAAGAAGUUCAGUGUGGUGGAGCAGGAGAAGAUUGACCAGUUCAUGCUGGAGCUCGACGGCACCGAGAACAAGUCCAAGUUUGGUGCCAAUGCCAUCCUGGGGGUGUCUCUGGCCGUGUGCAAGGCUGGUGCCGCAGAGAAGGGCGUCCCCCUAUACCGACAUAUCGCUGACCUGGCCGGACACAAGGACGUCAUUCUCCCCGUGCCUGCCUUCAAUGUGAUCAACGGGGGGUCCCAUGCAGGCAACAAGUUGGCCAUGCAGGAGUUCAUGAUCCUGCCUGUGGGUGCAGCCAACUUCCACGAGGCCAUGCGGAUCGGUGCUGAGGUCUACCACAACCUGAAGGGCGUCAUCAAGGCCAAGUACGGCAAGGACGCCACCAACGUGGGCGACGAGGGCGGCUUUGCUCCCAACAUCUUGGAGAAUAAUGAGGCUCUGGAGCUGCUGAAGACUGCCAUCGAGAAAGCAGGCUACCCUGACAAGGUCAUCAUUGGCAUGGAUGUUGCAGCAUCCGAGUUUUACAGAGGAGGCAAAUAUGACCUUGACUUCAAAUCUCCUGAUGACCCAUCUCGCUACAUCUCGGGCGAGCAGCUGGGAGAACUUUACAAAAGCUUCGUCAAAAACUACCCAGUGCAGUCCAUUGAGGAUCCCUUUGAUCAGGAUGACUGGGGGCACUGGGCCAAGUUCACCGGCUCUGUGGGCAUCCAGGUGGUAGGCGAUGACUUGACAGUGACCAACCCCAAACGCAUCCAGCAGGCUGUCGAGAAGAAGGCCUGCAACUGCCUUCUGCUCAAAGUCAACCAGAUUGGCUCCGUGACAGAGUCCAUCAAGGCGUGCAAGCUGGCCCAGUCCAACGGCUGGGGAGUGAUGGUCAGCCACCGAUCCGGCGAGACCGAGGACACCUUCAUCUCUGACCUGGUGGUUGGCUUGUGCACAGGACAGAUCAAGACUGGAGCCCCCUGCAGAUCAGAGCGUCUGGCUAAAUACAACCAGCUGAUGAGGAUUGAGGAAGAACUUGGGAGCAGCGCAAAGUUUGCUGGAAAGGAGUUCCGUCACCCCAAGGUCAAUUAGGUGGCUCUCUGUCCUUUAUCACUUCGACUCUCCACUCUUCCAUGACCUCAGCCAUCUCCUGCUUUCCUCUGUCAGAGCUCAAGUGCGGAAAGCCACUGGCCUGCAGUGUCUUAGCAAAUGAAUUCCGCUGUUCCUCUUGACCUCUAGCAGAGGACCUGGAGUGAAAGUUGAAAUAAAUUUUCAACAGAAGAU